CUAUGUAAUAGGUAUCAAAUUGCCAAAGAUUAUGAAGUAGUUCUUCUUAAUAAGGGUAAACCUCUUCUUUUCCAUUAGCUUGACACCUACCAAAGUCCAAGCAAACCUAUGAAGUAAAGAAGGGAUCACCUGUUAAGGGAGGACAUCCAAUGUAGUGUGAAGGAAGAUUGUCCACAGUAGCAAACCAAAUCAUAUGCUUAGAAUUUGGAAAAGGAAUGAUUCCUCCCUUCCAUAGGAAACCCAAAAGAAACCUCUUUAGACCAAGCAUCUUUCAAAUAUAAGCGUUUUAAUCUAGUGCAUAUCUAUAAAAGGAGUGUGAAGAAUUCAGAAACAAACAUUACUAUUCCUUUCCAAGAUUCAGCAAUGGUCCGCUCCUUCCAAGAUUUCCAGCCUGAUUUCAUAUACCAACAAGGAGAAACUCAGGAUAUCAUUGAAUUAAAAUUGAAAGAUUUUAGAAGGGAUCAGCUCAGAGUUACCUUCGGCACCAAUGGGACCCUAACGAUUUGCGGAGAACGUCCCGUGGAGGGAACUAGGUGGAUCCGAUUCCGCAAGGAAUUCACCCCUCCCAAAGAUUGCAAAGCAAAUGAAAUUCGGGCAAGGUUGAGUUCUGGCAUUCUAUACGUAACAAUACCUAAGAAAGUUGUUCAGCAGGUUCCCCAACAGGAUCAAGCCAGACCAGUGCAACAAGCGUCUGCAAUUCAAAACGAAGGGAAACUAAAGCAAGAGAGCAGUCGAAGUACAGAGGCUGCUGAGACCUUUACAACUAAAGAAUCGGGUCCUGAAGAUGUGACUACGCCAACUGAAAAUGCUACAUUGCCCAGGGCUAGUCCCAAAUCUUUUAUUUCAGGGCUGAAAAUGGGGAGAAAGACGGCAAUGAAGGUUGCUGCAAGCGUUACAAUGCUGUCAUUGCUGUUUAUUGUACUGUUUUUUAUGUUCAAAUAUUAUGCUCCCAUGGUUAAUAUUGUCAACUGAUUACAUUUCAAGUUCCUUAAACUUGAUGGAAUUCAUUGUAAUUUGACCAAAGAAUAUUAAAAAGGUCUCUUAAAAGUACACAAAGUGAAGAAGUAAAAACCAAUGGCCACAAGGGUUUUUCAGAUAAACAUGAAUGAUCCAG